AUUAAAUAUUUCGGCGGCAGAGGCAAAUUAUAUUUUUAUAAGAAAAAAAGCAACAAGCAAACAGCACGUGUCUGUCCCAAAGCUUUUUCGUCGUCACAGGAAAUCAGGAUUAAAUUCGCAAGUAGUGUAAAACAUUAAAAAUUCUCAAUACUAAAAUAAGGAUUUAAAAAAUUUCCAAAAAGGGAACUGGUGUACAUUUGAAAGAGUAUAGUUUUUAUUUAAAGUUUUGCGAAAACAAAAAAAUAAACGUACAUACAAAGGCGCACGCACAAACAGAGACAAAAACAAACUCAGUCAUGUUUUAUUUAAUUGGUUUGGGUUUGGGAGAUCCCAAGGACAUUACAGUAAAAGGCCUUGAAAUUGUAAAACAAUGCACAAGAGUAUAUUUAGAAAUGUAUACAUCCAUAUUGGGCUGCCCCAAAGAGGAAUUGGAAGCAUUUUAUGGACGUCCUAUACUAUUGGCAGAUCGUGACCUUGUUGAACAAGGUGCUGACGAAAUUUUGGCUGGUUCCGGUGAAGAAGAUGUUGCUUUACUAGUGGUGGGCGAUCCAUUUGGCGCCACUACACAUACUGAUUUUAUUUUAAGAGCCAAAGAAAAGAAAAUUCCCUAUAAAGUUAUACACAAUGCCUCCAUAAUGAAUGCCAUCGGCUGUUGUGGCCUCCAAUUGUACAAAUUCGGUGAAACUGUAUCUAUCCCAUAUUGGGAUGAGACUUGGAAACCCGAUAGCUUUUACGACAAAAUCAAACUUAAUCGACUGCACAACAUGCACACCCUAUGUCUGCUGGACAUCAAGGUUAAGGAGCCCACAUUGGAAUCAUUGAUGCGGGGGCGAAAGGAGUUUAUGCCUCCACGUUUUAUGACCGUAGCCGAGGCAGCACAACAACUUCUUGUGAUAGUUGAGAAAAAAGAUGCUUUGGAACGCAAUACCAUUUUAAAUGAACAAUCUUUGUGCGUGGGUUUGGCCCGCGUAGGUCAUGACAAUCAACGCAUCGUAGUAAGUACGUUGCGCGAUAUGGCAUCCACAGAUUUGGGAGGACCGCUGCAUUCGAUUGUUAUACCUGCCAAAGAAAUGCAUCCAUUAGAAGUUGAAUUUCUACAACAAUUUGCUAAUUUAAAAUUAGAAGACUACAAUCAUUAGAUAUCAAAUGGACAUGAAUGAUUUCGAUUGUUGUAUACGUAACGAAAUUUAUAGCUAUUUUUGUUCUUUCUAGAAACCCUUGAAACACACAAUAUAUACCAACACCUGUGCGUCUUUUUAAAAGGGGUACAUCUGUAGGUUUUUUAAGCUUUAAAAGUAGGGUAGUUAUCUCUAUCUACAAAACUAUAAUUAUUAUAAUUUUAUUUUUCUGUAAUUUUAUUAUACGCAUUUGUAGUUCAAAAUAUGAAUGAAUUUAUUUAACAUA